GCCCUCUAUCGGAUCCUUUACGUAUAAUUGUUUACAUUUUAUCAUGAUUUCACGUGAAAUAAUUUAUUGAACGGACCAGGAAGAAUCAAAACACAAAGAGUUUCCCGACGUCGAGGGUCUCAUUAUAUCCUUGUGAAUAGUUAGGACACAGUUAGAAUCAACAUGUCGGAGGCUGAAAGAACUUUCAGAGGUAAAAACGGGACACCGGUUGAAGCCGAUGGCUACGAGAACAUCGACCCCGCGGUGCCACUUCCAGAGGAAGUGGCCAAGGAAAUCGCGGAGAUGAAAGUGAGCGAUGGAAACUUUCGUCUUCAGAGAAACCGAGGGGGAAACCAGCGAGGAUGUAUAGCCGGCAGGGUGAUAAAAAAGGGGGUGCAAUGUGUACAAUUAAGGCGUGCCAGGUCGCUGUACGGGGCCAGUCCUAGCAACAACUUCGGACCAAAAGGAUGCCUGAUGAAGACUCAGACGUGCACAAUUACAAUACCAGAUCCCAUGGGUCAGAGGUUAAACUGGUACAAGCCGCCAUUGUCUGUCCUCAUCAUUAAGAAAAUCUACGACGACCAUGUUUCCCGACCAUUCAAGGAUCUUGUAAAAUAUCUUGUCUCGGAGAAGCAAAUGAUAGUAUAUGUGGAGGCAAAGACUUUAGAUGAGCCAAGUAUCAGUGCGGACCGAGACUUCUUGGACAUCUUAAAAAGUGUCACUCUCUUUCAGGAAGACAAGGACAAUCUGACAGAUAAGAUAGACCUGGUGGUCUGUCUGGGAGGAGAUGGCACUCUGUUAUAUACCUCUUCACUCUUCCAGCUGAGCUGUCCCCCUGUGCUCUCCUUUCACCUGGGUUCUCUGGGGUUUCUGACGCCAUUCCAGUUUGAGAAUUUCAGAGAGGAAGUGGACCAAGUCAUCGAGGGUAACACCCCACUCAUCCUGAGAAGCAGGUUAAAAGCUGUCAUUUGCAAAGCAGGAUCAGCUUGUUUGAUGACUCCUCAUGUCAAAGAUAUUGAUCACUCCACAGCCAAAACGCACAUACUGACUCUCAAUGAAGUGGUCAUAGACAGAGGACCUUCUCCAUAUCUCUGUAAUGUCGAUCUGUAUGUGGAGAAGAAACUGGUGACAUCAGUACAAGGAGAUGGUCUAAUCAUCUCCACCCCCACAGGAAGCACAGCAUAUGCUGCUGCGGCCGGGGCCUCCAUGAUCCACCCUCAGGUGCCGGCAAUCGUAAUAACGCCUGUCUGCCCGCACUCGCUCUCCUUUCGACCAAUCGUUGUGCCUGCGGGAGUGGAAGUCAUGGUCAUGAUAUCUCCUGAUGCCAGAAACACAGCCUGGGCUUCCUUUGAUGGCCGAAGCCGUCAAGAACUCCAGCAGGGGGACACUCUCCGUAUAACAACCUCGACCUACCCAGUGCCUUGUAUAUGUACGAAGGACCCAAUUGGAGACUGGUUUGACAGUCUGGGAAAAUGUCUUCACUGGAAUGUUAGGAAACAACAGAAACAUAUGCUGCCACAGUCUUCCAGUUCAGCUAGUUUGGACUCCUUGGAUGAUAGGGAUUUAUAGUGUGUGUGUGUGUGUGUGUGUGUGUGUGAGAGAGAGAGAGAGAGAGAGAGAGAGAGAGGUGGAGGGGGGAGAAGAGAAACUGUUCCAGGAAGGGGCAAGAGAUUAUGACUGCCCUGCCACAUCUUAUUUACAUCUUCAGAUUUUUUGAAAAUCUUUUUUAUGGAAAGGGUGAUUUUUAAUAUGGGGUUUUCUGUAUAGGCUCAAAUUUCAAAAAGCAAUUAUCUAUAUUAGUCAAAGAAUUUUUUUUUUAUUAGUUUUGAUAAAAACUUGUUCUUUUUACAGGCACUGUUUCUUUGAACAGGAUAGUUUCUAAAACUCCAAAGUUUUUUAUUUAACCUUUUGGGACUGUUUAUUACUCAAAGAUCUGCUCAGAAAUGACCUUGUCAAUUUUACUGACAUGUCCUUGUUAUAAUAUAAUUGUCUAGCAAGUAAACAUUCCGGGGUUUGCUCUGAGACCACAUACAUGUAUAAUGUUAGUUUUUCACAAUAGGUUUCCAAACAUUCUUAUUGUGGGAUUCAUCCAUUUCUUUUGUGGCAAUGGCUUUCUGUUGUUUGUGUAAUUGGUAACAGACAAACCAUAAAAAGCUGGCAUACAUUUAUUUAUUUAUUUAUUUAUUUAUUUAUUUAUUUAUUUAUUUAUUUAUUGUAUGUCACCUUCAUCCUAAACCACCCCAAGCAUUUAAUUACUCCAUCAAUUAUGCCAAAAAAAGCAAAUAGACACAGAGCAAUGAUUGGUCAAUAUUUGUCCAAUCAAGUUUACUUUUAUAACAUCACCCCACUCAUGAUUU